UUGGUUGAAUAUCCACCGUAUGGUAGUGUAACCACACUUUAUGAGCUGAUACAACGAGCUGUAAGUUUAACAGAAAAUGCUGAUUUUAUUGGUGAACAAGAUACCAAUGCUGUUUAUCAAUGGAUUAAAUAUGCUGAUGUUAUUAAAGCGGCAGAAAUUGUUGGAUCGGCAUUGCUAAAAUUAGGUAUUAAUGCCGGCGAAACAAGUCGAGUUGGUCUUUCCGGGCUAACAUCAGCCCGAUAUAUCAUUGCACACUAUGCAAUGAUUAGCUAUUCAAUGGUUGCUGUACCAUUAUAUCAUAACUAUAAACUUGAUUUACUAUGCUCAAUGUUUACGCCAACUUUUAGCCAAAUAAUUGAAGACUGCAACCUCGAAGUAAUUUUUUUUGACAAAGCAUCUCGUGCAAAAGAGUUUAUUAGUCGUAUAAAUGAUGGUUAUAUAACAGCAGUGAAAAAAAUUAUUAUAAUGGAAAAGACGGAAAAUGCAAAAGGCAACAUUGAAAUACCAGAAAAGAUCCAGGCAUAUAAUUGGGAUGAAAUAAUUGCCAUUGGUCAGGCAAAUCUUAAACCUGUUGUUCCACCGUCACCAAUGAGCGUUUUUUUGAUCUGCCAUACCAGCGGGACAACAGGGACUCCAAAAGGAGUACAACUCAGUCACCGAGCAUUAUUAGCAUCGAUGGCUGGACUAUACACACAGUGGUGUAUUCCGCCACAUAAUUUACAGUUCGGGCUCAACGAUGUCUAUUUAUCAUUUUUAUCAAUGGGCCAUGUUUAUGAACAUCUUAUGCAGGCAUUUAUUAUCUACAUCGGAGGUCGUAUCGGGAUAUUUGGAGGUGAUGUUCGAAAUCUGACUAAUGAUAUGAGAAUUUUAAAACCCACUAUAAUAGCUAUGGUGCCAAGACUUUUAAAUCGGUUCUAUGAAAAUAUACAUGCUGGUGUCAGGGAACAGAGUUUCUUAAAACGCUUCCUCUUUCAAACCGCUGUUAAGGCUAAAUUAAAACUGUUAGCAAAAGGCAACAUUGUUUUCAAUACAGUUUGGGAUAAAAUUGUUUUCAAAAAAAUACAAAAAUUUUUUGGUGGCAACUUAAAGAUGAUCGCUACCGGUGGUGCACCAAUAUCAAGUACAGUAAUGAAUUUUUCGAGGAUAGCUUAUGGAUGUUUAGUUUUUGAAGGUUAUGGUCAAACAGAAUGUUCGGCGGCAGGAACCAUAACACUACCAUUUGAUACUACCGCUGGUCACGUUGGUGGACCUGCUGCUUGGGCGCAGAUAAAAUUGGUGGAUGUAGAUGAUAUGGACUACAAGGCUGCAGAUGAUGUUGGUGAAGUGUGUUUUAAGGGCGCCGCACUGAUGAGUGGCUACUUCAAUGCGCCCAAAUUAACUGCAGACACAGUCGAUGAUCAGGGGUGGCUUCAUACAGGUGACAUUGGGAAGUGGCUACCAAAUGGAUCGCUUAAAAUUAUUGACAGAAAAAACAACCUUUUUAAGCUUGCACAAAGUGAUUUCAUUUCCCCAGAACAAAUCGAAAACGUUUAUGUACAGCACCCUUUAGUCAAACAAAUUUUGGUAUACGGUACACCGCUAAAGUCUUAUCUUGUAGCCAUCACAGUAGUUGACGAAAAACUAUUAAGAGAGGACUAUGCAAGCAAGACAAGAGAUCAACAGGCUAAAUCAAUGAAUACCCUACCGACUUCAACGUUCCUAUCGAAUCAUGCCGUUCGCCUUCAUUUCAUUAGAGAACUAAGAAAUUUUGGGGCCGAAAAAAGCUUGACUAAAAUCGAACAAAUCAAAAAUGUACACCUAAUAAAGGAUGAAUUCACUCCAGAAUCAGGCUUAGCAACUCCAACACUGAAAAUGAAAAGAGCUUUACUGCAUAAGCAAUUUGCUGAAGUGCUGGAUAGCUUAUACAAUGAAGAACCUUUAUCUGAAUAA